ACCCCUCGCCCUGUUGGGUGCGCCGCGGGCCGCGCGCUCCGGGCCGGCUCCCCCGCGCUGGGAGGCGACCCCCUGUGCGCCCCGGGUUCAAAGGCCCGAGCGCCAGUUCCAGCCCCUCCGGGAGGCGGGGAGGCGAGAGGUGGUGCGGGAGCCAGAAAAGCCCGAGCCACAGCCGGCCGCCCUGCGCAGGGAUGGGCAGCGCGCUCUCAAGUUUGUGACCGCCGCAGCCAACUCCUGGCCGCAGCUCGAGAGGCCGCCCUGCAAGCCCCGCAGCUGGAAGGCGAGGCCAGCGGUGCCCGGCCCGAGCGCCCUUUCGCGGCCACAGGCGUCCGUCCUCCAGGCCCGGGGCUCCAGUGCUUGAUCGGGGUUCAUGGAGCCGGGACUGUGUCUCCUUUUCGGGCUCGCAGUAACCUCCGCCGCAGGAUUGAUGCCUCACCCCCAGCCUGGGGAAGCUGGCGGGAGCGGCAUACACGGGGCCACCCCUGCAGCCAGAUCUGAGGGGGACAUGAAGGAGACUGAGGCCAUGACUGCAGUGCAGAAAAGUCCUGGAGGCCCUGGGCAAAAACAGGGACCAGGUCAGUUUGGGGAGCAGGUGCCCAAGGGGGGCCCUGUGCACCACCGAGCCAGGCGCUGUACGUGCUUCACCUACAAGGAUAAGGAGUGCGUCUACUAUUGCCACCUGGACAUCAUCUGGAUCAACACUCCUGAACAGACUGUUCCCUAUGGACUGUCCAACUACAGAGGAAGCUUCCGGGGCAGGAGGUCUGCUGGGCUGUUCCUGCAGAGCCCACAGCGCUCCAAGUGGACACGACGCUGUGCUUGUGUGGAGAGCCAUGACAGGGCCUGCAUGGGCUUCUGCACCCAAAUUCUGGCUGUCAACAGGAAUUCAAGGAUGGCAGAAAAACUUGACGCAGAAGAGGAAAAGCAGGCCAGGGGUGUCCACGGGGGCCUGCAUCCCGGGAGGCUGAAGCCCAGGACAGACAAAGCAAGUAGGCUUUAGACCUCCCCCAGCAAGCGCCGGCCUGGCAGUGUGCCUCCCCGCCAGCUGCCCGCUCCCCCGCCCUCAGGAGCCCCUGGGGAGAGCGGCCUGCGGAGCCUUGUCUGAGGAAGGCCUGCUGCUGCUCCAGCAUGGCUCACGUUUCCACCUCUUUGAGGCUAAGGAAUGAGUUUUGCCUGGGGGUGAAAACCCCUCACAGGGUCCUCACAUCACAAGCUACCCCUACCCCAAGAAGGCCCCAGUCCCAGCGACCCAGUUUCCCUAAUGGGUAAAAUGAUCCCAGAUGUGCCCUGAGGCCUCAUGCCCCAGCUCUGGUUUCCUGCAGGAAAUUAUAUUUGGAGAGGUGUGGCACGUUGCAAAGCCACUUGCUGGCUUUCGACUGGGAGAAUAAGUGGCCUCCAGGCUAACGCUGCGACUGCACACGUGUCCGUCUUGUGAUGGCUGUGCAUGCAGCAGGAGCAGGCCCAUGUCCCUGUCCUCACAGAGGGUAGGUGCGGUGAGCUAGAGAGGCCCGCGGGCACCAAGUUAGACGCAGCUGUAGCAGCGCAGGAGUUGAUGGGUUUGCAGCUUAUAGGAUUGAGACAGAAAUUUUCAGCAGUGCUGGGUACCCACCAAAAGAACAUAUCUCAAAAAAAGAAGAAGAGGAAGAAUAGAAAAAAGAAAGGAAAAAAAAAAGAAACCUUGAUAUUUGUGAUAAGAAAAGGAGAAAAUGAAUGCCUGAGGGUUUUGAACGCCGGGACAUGCAGUAGAGAGCCUUGAUCAGUAACCGACUUUCUGUGCCCUUUGCAGACAGACCAAUUCACAGCAGUCUUGUUCCCCAGAUACAGCAGUAAAGGCGGCCCCAGCUCCAGGCUAUUAGGGUGACUAUUUGCUUUCAUGAAUAAAUAUGCAUCUUUAGGGAAUGGCUUCAAAAUAAGCCACAAACACAAACUCUUUGUAAAUUAUGUAAAUUCCUAUUUAUCUAUAUAAUUGGCAACAACUGGCAAUUGAAAUGCCUGACAGUUCACAAUCUCUCUCAGCUGUGCUCUUAUAGCCAAACUGAAAUUACUGUGAAUGUCGAAAGAGUGACACGGCGGCGUGUAACAUCAUCUACCGGGGAGAGGCCACCCGCCGCCCGACGGCGGCAGAGCCAUGGGAACCGGCAUUUGGGUGCACGCUGAGGUCACAGUGUAGAGAAAUUUAAGACAAUGAAUGGUAGAGCACGGGCCUUCACCAAAUGUGCAAUUCUGUCUGAGCAUUGCAUAAAUGAUUGUAGCUAUGAAAGGGCACUGAUUUGCUAGCAGGACUGUGUACAGUUUAGAUAAAUGAUUAUUUAUUGUGAAACCACUCUACUCCAACUUCUUUAUGUGGGUCUGUUAAAAGUAAAGACACUGUAUAUAUAGAGAGAGAUUUUAAAUCGCGUUCUGAAUCCAAAACUCAUUUUCCUUAGAGCUUGAAUUACACUUUUAUAACACAUAUGCGCUGUUUGGCUCUGUGGCAAAAUAUCUUGGACAGAAAUUCAUUCAUUGUGCUAACACUCAGAAAAUACUGUCACAUACGUAAUAAAAAAUCUCAAAAUUUG